GGGUUUGUUUUUAAUAAAAUUUCCUUCUUGGAUUGAUAUUAACGCCUCUGUUCUAGCUAUGAACUGGAAAUGAUUAGUACCUCUACACACGUGGUUUCAUUAAAUUUUGUCACCCGUUUCUUUUGGGGACCUGUGUAUCUAAAUUUUGCUGCGAAAUGUCUCAGAAUUUCCAAUAUUUUUCAGUUUUAUUGGAGCAACUUGGUAGCUAGACCACACUCACAGCUUCAAAUGAAUGUGUCUUAGAGUUAUCCACCUAUGGUCUUUUUUUUCUCCUUCUGUUAACAUUUAGUGGGGCUAGUGGGAGAAAUCUUCUGGGACCGAUUGCUUGUUACAAGAUAUAGAGAUGGUGAAAAAAGGAAACAUUGUGCAGUACAGGGAGAGGUUGGACAAGAGUCUUGCCUUACCUGAUCUGACAGAUGAACAGAUACUCAAAACCCUUGUCAAAAGUCAACUCCAACGUUCUUCUUCAAAAGUGGAAAUUGAAGGAUGUAAUGAGAAAUUAGUAGAAACCAAAACCAAGGAGAUAUAUGACUUUCUUAGCAUGUUGAGAAGUGCUUCUGGAGACAAUAGUGCAGGAUCUAGCACAUCACGCUCUGAUUGGAAAUUAAAACAGGAUACUGAAGAUUUUCGAGUUAUGUAUCGCGAAGGACCAGAGGGAACUCCCUUUCAUACAUUGCUAGUUGAAGGUUAUGUGGAUGGGCCUCUAGAUCUCUCUUUGUGCCUUUCAUGGGAGUCCUUCCUCUACAAGAAAUGGUGGCCUCAGUUUACUAUUCCCAGUUUCAAAGUUCUAGUAUCUGAACGUUUGCAGAGGGUCCAGAUUGGAGAACACAUCUCACUUGUUAGGAUGAAGGUUCCAUGGCCCCUAUCUACAAGGGAAGCUAUAGUGCAUUAUUAUCUUUUUGAGUACUUUCAAGAUGACUUAGUAGUUGUUCUUUUGAAUACGGUCUCUGAGUCUACGAGCAUUGACAAUUUCAACAUGGAUGCAAUUCCUGAGGCAAAGGAUGUUGUAAGAAUUGAUUUGCUGGGAGGCUAUGCUAUGCAAAAGGUGACAUCAGAAAGAAGUUAUUUUCGGAUAAUAGGAAAUUUGGAUAUAAAGCUGGAUUUUGUGCCUCCAUCCCUCAUAAAUUUCAUUUCAAGGCAGCUCAUCGGCAGUGGUUUCAGACUUUAUCAGAAGGCCGUUGCUUCGAUGUUGGGCAACGAUAAAGAUAAAGACAUCAGCAAGGCCUUGGAGGAUCCAUUGUAUGUUCGAAUACGCGAAGCUUUGGUAAUUGGAGAAGAGCUUAAGCAAGAUGCAAGCUUUGUUCCAGCUGAAGAACUUAUUCAAAGUGAGCAAAAUGGGGUAAAAGAUAAAGAUAUAUCCUGUGAGUAUAUGAGCAACCAACGUGCAGGUGGUGAAGAAGAUGUAGAAGCAGGUUGUGAAGAGAUUGUACGAGUUGAGGAAGAUGUUAACAAGGUACUUGAAGUUCCAAUCGAGGAAGGUGAUUCAUUGAGUGUGCUGAUCAAUGGCGAGGGAAAUGGUGAGAUUGAAGGUGCAGAUAAUGAAGAGAUUGUUGAGAUUGAGAAGGAAAUGAUCAAAGUGAGUGAGAUUCCAACUGAGAAAAAUGACGCAAGGAGUGUACUGAAGGAUAAGAUGAAUGGAUAUGUACGCUCAGAUGUGAGAAGGGCUCUAGACACAAUAGAGAGGGUUAUUUCAACGGUUAAGGAACAUGGAUUUCAUUCCCGAAGGCCUACUUCAAACUCUGAAAAAGUGGACACAGUUGACUCAAGUUCUGCAAAACCUAUUCAAGUAUGUUUGAAAGACGAGGAUGGUGUCAAAGAAUCAAGCAGCAAUAUACGAGAGGAAACUUCAGAAGAACCUGCGAUACAAAGCUUCAGGCAGACAGAAACAAAUCCAAACUUGAAGGAAGUUAACCAUAAGAAAGUUGAACCAGCUUCACCAGACCAUAGUCUUUCAAGAACAGUGGAAGUGAACCAGAUUGAUUCAUAUUCUUUGAAAAAUGGGACAACAGUGGAGCAGACAAUAAGUGAUAAUAAGCAAUUAAACAAUUAUGCAGUCCAAGAUAUAAGUUCAGAGGACAUGAAAAAAUCAACAAGGGAGAUAAGGUAUAGAUACUGUUGUUUUAUGAGUUAGCUAAAAGCAGAAAAGUUUGAUGUUUAUUUAUCCGAAUAAUGGUCACAUAUGUUGGACUAAUUUUGUCCACCAAUAAUUACCCUUGAGGCUGCUCAAUCAAUCUCUAAAGUUAAGUUUAUUUAGAAAUGUUAAGAAUGGUUAAUUAGAGAUUAGGCAGACAUAUCUAAAAGUACAAAUGUAUAUUCGUAUAUAAAUUAAACGAUAUAUUUUUGUGAA